AUGUCUCGAUUCUUCCGCGCAGCCGGCGACAGCGACAGCGACUCCGAGUCGUCCUCCGAGGAGGAGCUCAUGUCCAGCGACGAUGAGGGCGCACCCUCCGCACCCAAGGCCCCCGGAGCCAAGCCAGCCAUGUCGCGGCAGCAGAGGCGGAGCCGUUUUCUGCGGACGGACCUGGAUGACGACGCGAGCGACGAGGAUGUUACGCGGGUGGUCAAGAGCGCGAGGGACAAGCGGUUGGAGGAGAUGGAGGCGUGCGGGAAGACAAUGGACAAUGCGCUGAAGAUCAACGACUGGGUCGCCAUCUCUAACGCAGAGUUUGACAAGCUGGUGCGCAUGGUGCAGCGCCAGCAGAACGUCUCAGAGCCCAUCCCGCCUUUCUACAUCAAGCAAUUGGUCAAUCUGGAGGGCGCGCUGAACACGGCGGUGGCGAAGGAGAAGGAAUCGAAGAAGAAGAUGAACGCGAGCAAUGCCCGCGCGCUCAACGGAAUGAGGCAGAAGGUCAAAAAGGUUGCGAAGGAGUACGAAGUUGACGUCAAGCGCUUCCAGGCGGACCCAGAGGCGUUCGAGCGAGAGUAUACCGCGAUCGUGGCGCCUGAGGCACCUCCCCCCGCAGCAAGAGCGAGGACAAGGAGGGCCGCCGAGAGUGAAGACGAGAACGCCGAAGAUGAUGCGUUUACCACUGUCGGCAAGGGCGGCAAGGCGAUGGCCUUCACGCCAGAAAGCAUCUUCAAGAACCUGCAGCUUGUGCAGGAGGCUCGCGGGAAGAAGAACACCAACAGGCAAGACCAAAUCAGUAUCUUGGAGAAGUUGCUUGCCGUCGCUGUGACUUCGUACCAGCGCAUUCGUGUCCUCCUCACCCUGAUCUCCGCGCGUUUCGACUACAACUCUUCCGUCGCGACGCACAUGCCCAUCGAGCUGUGGGUCAACGCGCAGGGCGAAGUGGACCAACUGAUCGGUAUCAUUAUGCGCGAGCCAUUGUACGUGAUUCAAGAGAUCACGGAAGACUACGACGAUCUUGCGGAGCGGACGCCGGAGACGGAGAAGGACGGCGUUGUGCGCAUCCGCGGGAGCAUCAUCAGCUUCGUGGACCGCCUCGACGACGAGUUCACGAAGAGCCUGCAGAACAUCGACCCGCAUGGGACGGAGUAUGUUGACAGGCUUAAGGAUGAGAAGGGCUUGUACUGCACGAUUUGCCGGUCACAAGCGCUGUACGAGAAGAACAACAGCGAAGACCCCCUCGGUCGUGUCAUCAUGCGGCGGUUAGAGCACAUUU